CUGGUAUAUAAAAUGACUGUCCCCUUACACUAAAAAAUCAUCAUUCAAAGAGAAAAAUGGCUUAGAUACCAUGCUAAAAAACAUUGGUUCACCGUUGCAUUGAAGGCGUGUGCCAUGGAGAUGGAAGAACUCAAGCUGAAGAGAUGGACUAACGGCAAGGAGGCUGUGCGAGCAAUCAAAGAUGUCGCACUGGCACAAGGGAAGUGUGCAAUCGUCAUCAACAGAGGGGGGACGAUUCGUUUAUUACAGUGUGACAGUGCUGGAGGAUGUCACCUGAUACCAAUAUCUGCAUCGCUGUAGCAUCAGUAUCUGCUGUGACCUUGUUUAGUGACUAGUUUGGACUGGAUUUUCCUGACUUUGAGACUGUGAAUCUGAGCGUUUAGCGGCCUAGUUCCGAGUUGCGAGGUUGUGGUAUGGGUAGCUACAUGAUAUGGUAAUCUGCUUGUGAAUUAUGCAGGACAAAUGAUCCACUCCAGUUUUUGCUGCAUGUGCCUGAAUGAUAGACUCUGCUGUUGACCUUCCCCGUAUUUUUCAUAACAACGGUGAUUAAAACACAUUUGUAUCACAUCUCGCGAAUAUCUUCUGUUUGUAUCACCUUUUGCAAUAAACCUUUUUAUUAAUCUUUAGUCUGAGAAAUU